AUGACGUCAUUGUUGGGGUAUUUUCAAGAUGGCGCUGGACUGUGGCCGGAAUGCCGCUGCUGCUGCUGCAAACGGCUGAACGUUGAGGGAUUUAAUUAAUCUUCCGGCGACGUUAAACUCCGCACCACCGGGGACGUAUUCUCAUCUUGGACGGCCGAAAUGAGCGUGGUACUCCCGGUGCGCGGCAGGUAACGCUGUGGUAUCGCUGGCUAAAAAAUGGUAGCCCCUUCCUCCAAGAACAACAAAACCUGCUGCUGCUGCUGCGGAGCUCGGCCGACGGGGCUGCAGGAAUUCACGCCCGGGGCCGCGGCUCGCCUGGCGGACUGAGCGGUCAUGGAGACAACGACGAUGGAGAACGGGGGGUCGUUAGCCGUCGACCUGAACGAGAACGAAGAAGAAGCAGGGGGAGGAGGAGCGGGGAAAUCGGGUCACACCGCACUCAAAGACCGCAGCUUAGCCCUGCUAGCCGGUGUCAGCGGGGGUCAGGAGGCCGGCAGGGGUCAUAUUUAUGUGACCGGUAACGGGAGGAAUGUAAACAGAGACGCCCCCGGACAGCCGCCCGCACACGGCAGAGACAUCAUGUUGGACCUGGUGGCGGCGGAGAGCUACCUCCCCGACCGUCUGAUUGACAGCUGCGUGAUUUCGGGGGGUUGUGGUGACCACGGCGGCCUGAACGGAUUUACUGAGUCACUCGGUCAGGAGGAGCCGCCGAUGGCCGGAGGAGGGGAAGCAGCAGCAGCAGGAGGAGAAGGAGGAGGGACAGCAGACGCUUCCUGCCCAGCUGUGUGCGGGGGUCGAGUUUCAGCCGAGACUGACUCGCAGAUGCACCCCACGGGACAGACCGAAGGGGAAACCCAGGGCACCGGAGAGGAGGUAAAGGAGGGCGGCUGUUACAGGAUUUCUCUGCUAUGCUCGGGGAAGCACCAGCGGAACUGCGCUUGCCCAGAGGCGGCUCUCCGUCCGGAUGUAAACAUGCCCAACGGGGGUGCUGACAGCCCGGGGCACGGCGCUCCGGAGGGGGACACCGCUUAUAGUAGACACACCGGGCUGUUUUCCAGCCAGCUGCUGGGGCAGAGACUCGGUUUGUGCGACGUGGACUGUGAGGAAGUGAAAGUAGCCAACGGUGGUUUGCACAUCGUGAACACCGCGACAUGUUACUCUCCAGACUCCGAAAACAACACCGACAUUCAUCCGGUUAGUAGGCGAGAAAAAGAGGCCGGGCAUGGGUGCUGUCAGGGCGGGCAGCUGACCUCUCAGUGCCCGGGGGAGGAUGCGCCAGAUGCGACUGAGCUCCUCCACCUCCCCGACCCCUCCAAGGACUCCUCCACCCCGGGAUCAAGUGCCAAACCGCCCUCGCCCUGCCCCUCCAGCCCGCUCUCCGAGCCCACCACCAGGGAGGAGGAGGAGGACUUCAGCGACCUCAGUUUACCCGUCAGGCCGCAGAGUCUGAGGACUAUCCCCAACCUUGCGGUGUCCCUGAGCUGCGACGCCACCCCGCUGUCCCCCGACGAGGAUGGAGGCUUUUAUUUCGGAGACGAGGGGUACGAGGAGGACUUCAGGACGGUUCUGGAGGCGGGUCGCAGGCAGAGCGCCCCGGACAAGCUGCCGGACCUGACCGAGCAGACGGAUGGCUCGGACCCCAAGCUGAUGCCAAAGAGGUUCGGCAUCGCUGAUUUCUUCACCAGGAGCCUGUUUUCUAGAAAAUCCAAAGAGCCCAAGGCGACGUCCCACAAUGCAAUGGGGUGGCGACUGUUCGGCAAGACGGCAGCCAGAGAGGGCGAUCCGAGUAAAGACCUCGCCUCCACGCCGACCGCACAGGAGCAGGAGCAGGAGACGGACUCGGGCGUGUCCUCGUGUCUUGAGCGCCCCCUGGCUGCAGGGAGGAGGAAGAACCUGGAGUUUGAGCCUCUUUCCACCACAGCGCUCAUCCUGGAGGACCGGCCAGCGAAUCUGCCUGCCAAGUCUAUGGAGGAAACUCAGAGACACAAACUGGAGUACGAGGAGAUGGUGGCAGGAGCCAAGAGGAGAGAGCUGAAAGAAGCCCAGAAGAAGAAGCGUCAGAUGAAGGAGCGUCACAGACAGGAGGACAGCAUCUCCAACGCCAUGGUCAUCUGGAACACUGAGAUCCUGCCUCACUGGGACUCCAUGAAAGGCACGAGGCGGGUCAGAGAGCUGUGGUGGCAGGGACUUCCACCCAGCGUCAGAGGGAGAGUGUGGAGCCUCGCUAUCGGCAACGAGCUGAACAUCACACCAGAGCUCUACGAGAUCUUCCUGUCCAGAGCCAAAGAGAAGUGGAGGAGUUACAGUGAGACCAGUUCAGUCAACGACAGUGAGAGCGAUGGAGGGGCAUCUCUGGCUGACAGAGAAUCAAGUCUGGACCUCAUCAAACUGGACAUUUCCAGAACCUUCCCCUCGCUCUUCAUCUUCCAAAAGGGCGGUCCGUACCACGACCUCCUCCACAGUGUCCUGGGGGCUUACACCUGUUACCGACCCGACAUUGGAUAUGUCCAGGGAAUGUCGUUCAUCGCUGCUGUGCUCAUCCUCAACCUGGAGGAGGCCGAAGCCUUCAUCACCUUCGCCAACCUGCUCAACAAACCCUGUCAGAUGGCCUUCUUUAGAGUCGACCACGAACUGAUGUUGAAGUAUUUCUCAGCCUUUGAGAUUUUCUUUGAGGAGAACCUGCCUCGUCUCUUCAGCCAUUUCCAAACCAACAACCUGACCCCCGACCUCUAUCUGAUCGACUGGAUCUUCACUCUGUACAGUAAGUCCCUCCCUCUGGACGUGGCGUGUCGGGUUUGGGACGUCUUCUGUCGGGACGGGGAGGAGAGCUUGUUUCGGACGGGGCUGGGAAUCCUGCGUCUGUUUGAGGACGUCCUGCUGCAGAUGGACUUCAUCCACAUCGCCCAGUUCCUCACCCGCCUGCCGGAGGACCUGCAGUCGCACACGCUCUUCAACGCCAUGGCCAACACUCACAUGAUCAGCAGGAACCGCCGCUGGGCUCAGGUGUUUUCUGCAUUGAUGAAGGAUGGAAAUAAAGACAUGGAGAAAAACACCAGCCCGGCAUUGAGGAGCUAACACUAGCUAACCCUGACGCUAAUUCCAGCAUUUUUCAAACUAACCUAAAGGACGUCUGAGACGGCUGCAGUCGUGCUAGCUCACCCUGUCGGCGCCGAUGCUAACAACCGAGGCUAGCUGUGAAGCUUGAAGCUGCGUAGCCUGAAGCUAAACUCACUCCAGAGGCUAACCUACGAAGCUUGAAGUGAAGACGAGCCAGCCGUGGAGGUGGAAGCUGAUGUCGGAGCUUCACAUAGAAAUUUAAAGUUGAGCCUUCAAGUCCGUUCGGGGUGAGGAUGAAGCGGCUCCGGCGUUUCCUCAAACCUGUGUCGGGACCAGAGCGGGAAACCAAAGUGGUUGGUUAAUCCUAGUCGUCAGUAUUUCACCAGACAGAUUAUGUUUCGGAGAAGUGGUGGGUGUUAAAGCAGCGGUGUCACUCCUUUACCAGCCUGCUGAAGCUGGCAAACUCAAACUGACUGUUAGAUAGAUAGUUAUCUCCUCUGCCGGCUGGGACUCGGUCCUGCUGGGACAAAAACACCACUAACACCGAGCAUCACGCCCUGUGUAAUUCUCAAAGACUCCAAUUCUAAUUGUCGGUGCUAAUGAUUUUCUAAAGGCUUCAGAAAUGACCUCUGUGGUUUAAUUAUUAAUGUGGGUCCUUGUGGUUUUGAUUUCAUAAAUAUUCUUAAUUUGCUGCUUUUUUUUUAAAACUUGAACUGGACCUCUGGAUCUAAAAUGAUGGGUAUCUGCACCAGCAAGGCUGAUGCUAAUGUACUGGUGGUAGCUGUUAAAUUAAGCUUCAACCUCACAGUUUAAAAAAAAAAAUCUUCAUCUAGUGACAGAAAAACUUCAGAGGUUUGAGUCAAACCUAGUGAAAAAUUCCAGUAUUUUUAAACCUUUUAAGCCCUAAAUGAUUGAUAAGGCCCAAUACUGAGCGAGAAUGCAGACUAUGUGAAGUGGUUGCAGUGUAAUCUGACAGGGCAGUGUCUGCUUCGAAGUGAAAGUGUUGGCUCAGACUGUUACUAGAAGUGUUGUAGAUCAGGUUACUACAGAGAGAGAUGGUUGUUUGACACGCAACAGAAGUUGUGUUCGUUGCAGGAAGAUGGCACAAUGAAUGUGAUCAAGAGUAAAGCUUGAUUUUUGUGUUGAAUCUAUGUAGAGUCUGCUGUUUUGAGCAUUUAAACUUGUAUGUUGGUUGUGUUGCUCCAUGACGAACAACACUGGUUAGGAAUGGGGUUUAUGUGACACCACGUUGAGUUUCUUGGUAUGUUUCAGUCGGAUUCCCAACAUGGAAUAGAAAUCAGAAUGAACUGCUAUGAAAAUCAAAAGUUGGGGUAGGGCUAUACGGACAGAAUACUGGAGCUUGUGUUUGUAUAGAAGAAAACCAGAUAGAGUUACAGCCUGUUAUAGAUUUUUGUUUACAAGCCGGUAACCAAACACCGUUGAGGCUACAUUGUAGAUUCAACAUAUAAAUUACACUUUAAGGCCAGUUCAUGGUUCUGUUCGUACUCCAACAGGUACACAGCGGUCUACAAACAGAAAGCCACACAUGGCUUCCAUGGAUGUUUGUAUUAAUGGCGUUUCUGGCUUUUACAGUGUGUAGAAACUGGGUGCAGAUCAGACUGUAGCACUGCGUCAGUGAGAUUAGACUUUAGGUGUGUCGAGCACAGGAUACCUGGAGAUUUUAGACUUUCCUGUUGUGUUUGGGCACUGUUGAUGACCAUGAAUCUCCUCGUACAGUCUCUCUUUAUAUCAAGUGUUUGUUUUAAGCAUCGUUUGAUCUCCUGCCAUGUGUGCUUUUGCCAGACUUUGGUGGUUGAUAGAACUUCUGUCACGUGUUUCUUUUUUGACAUGGAAUUUGUUGUUAGAGUGGAGUUACAGAUUCUCUGAAGGAUUUACAAGACAAAUAAUGGCUUGUGUUUGCGUAUUUUCCAACCAACUUGAGCAGAACGCUCAGGAAGCUUUCACAGGCUAAUUUUGGUCAACAGGGAUUGAAGGUGUGGCUCGGUUGCUUCAGGUAGUUGAAGGCACCACUGCCAGUCCACCAGGUGAGGACAAACGUCACAGAGGCACUUUAACGUUGUUAGCCGUUAGCUAAAGUUAUUGUAGCAUCAGCAAAAUGAUGGCAAAAACAAGCAUUUCCACUCUGAUGCAGCUGUUGUAGCGUUCUCGCUCAGUAAUGGAUCGAUUCCAAACAUUUUUUUGACUACAGGAGGUCCUCAACUUACAUCAAAGUUCUUUGGAAAAGUCAUGAAUACCAACGACUUUCCUUUUCUUCGAAGCACUGCCAUCAGAAGAGUCUGACUUACACUUGAGAGUCACAAUGAAGAACAAAAAGUUGGCGACUGUAGCGCAAUCCAAGGUGGUGUACAACCGCCAAAUGGAAGCAAGUUGUAUAGCGCCGAGUGACAACGUAUUCAUCCGCUCUGCUCGCCAACUAGUUCCAUGUAACCAGUUCCAACCGAACGACGCAACGCUGUAGGUCGUAAACCAAGGACCUCCUGUAUUCAUCAUUUAGAAAAUAGGGUUCUGGUUUAAAAACACCAGGAUUUUCUGUCAUUUUAUAGAAAAUGACGCUUUUCUAAUGAUUACAAAGGAAUGAAAUGAAACACAUCUCAUCAGUGAGCCUGACUAUUUAGUGAUUUUUAUGUUUUUACAGGAACUUAAUUAUUCCACGGUCCACUGCACUCCGAGCGUUUUUCUACAGGUGUUAAAUAAUUCUCUGUAAUCCUAAGGGCCGGCUGUUAGCGGUAGUCUCUGCUGGUGUUUAAGCAGGCACAGUGAGCCGACAGUAAAUGAAGACGUGUGUUUGUACUGUUAACGUGGGGCCAUCGCAGCUUUCAAUCAGUGUUUGUAGGAUCCAGAUUUACUCUCAGAGCACUUUAUAUACGCAGCACUGACGCUACACCGUGAACACUGGCUGUCAGAGGCGCAAAACACUCGUUCAACUCCCCAGAGAGAGCUCAGACUACGUUAACGGGGCAUUAAGUGACUCAUAUUUCCUGUCAGUGCUAGAAGGAGUUCAACUACACAUCCAGGUUUAGGCAAGAAGCAAAAUACGGAGUAAAAAGACAGCCUUGGCAUUUAGCUUGCAGUAGUUUGGGCUUGAGAUUAAGGCUUUAUAGUCGCUGCAUCAGAUUAUUUGUCGCUCGAUGCAUCACCUAUUAAAGUGCAAGUAGAAAUUUGCAAUAUUAACUAAACUAAACAUCGCCUGCGUACAUGUAAUAGUCUUUUCAUACAUCAGAGGGGAAACCAGAGCUCGUAUACUUGAUUUUAAACAGCAAGCAUGUUCACAAACUCAACACUUGGAGGAUUAAAUAAAGGGGCAGAUGAGGACCAAGUCAUCCUGGUCGCUACCAGGAAACUGACGAGAAUCAACAGGAAACUAAUUUUCCAGCUUCUUAAAUGUGAUGAUUUGCAGCUUCCUUGUGUUCCUCUAAAUGAACUAUCGGACUGUUGGUUGGACCAAACAGGACGCCUCCAGAUGUGUCCUGCUUUGAGGAUUUCUUCCUUUGUUUUUACAUUUUUCUGACAUUUUAGAAGUGAAUCAAUUGCGGCUCAAACUAGCAAUUAAUGCCAUCAUGAGUUAAUCUGCUUAAUAGUUUCUCAGAUAACAGUUUGGUUUCAAAUAUUGUCUUCAAAGUAGGGUAGCAGCAAGUAAUAGAUUUUCAAAAUGUGAAGAUAUUCUCUGUUGUGCCAUUAGAUUGACCAAAAACUCCCUUCAAAAUCCAGAGUUUCUGCUUCUCUGUGGAUUUACUGAAUAUUUUGGAGUUUUAGUCUGUUGUUCUGCUUGAAAUCUGUGAAAAUGAUGGAUAUUUUUCUCUAUUUUCAAAUAUUUUACAGACUAGCAAGACAAUAAUAGGCAGAUUUAUCAAUUAAAGGAGUUGUUAGAGCCGCAUGAUUAUGCCUAAAAUGAUCAAUACUGAGAUUAGUUACUUGUCAUGAUUAUUCUUUAAUUUUAAAGACAAUAUUUGUAGUGCACUUUCAUAUUUAAACAAACAGAGUUUAUUACAACAUUCCUGCAUCAAAAUAAGACCUAAAAUAAUCCUCUCAUCUCCAAGACUCUGUUGUUUAAACAGAAAUGCUGCCUCAUGUGCUGAGCAUCUGCAAUUUACAGAUGUUCCCUAAACGCCUCAUUUGUAGUAGAUGCUACUAGUCUUCAACUCGGACGGCCAUGAAACCAAGAAUUACUUUAAAUCUGACUAGUUUUCCAUUUUUAAACCAAGUAAUUCCAUGUGCAUGAGCUGUGUUCUCCUUGUGGAGCUUUUUAAACGUUAACGUCGCUGUAAAAUAAUGUUCUUUUAACUGUUGGAAGCUGAAAUUAUGAUUAAUGUUCGAUUCAUUGUGGAGCCGUAAUUGCUUUAAAUAACUUAUUUUGUCCAAUCAACAGUGCAACAAACGUGUAAAAUUAGAUUCUUUUUUUCAUUUUUGCUGAAAAUGAUUCAAUUCAGUUCAAAUCCAUUUUAUUUAUAAAGCGCCAGUUACAGGUCAGAUUGUCUCCAGAAGCUUUACAGAACCCAUAUGAAGCCCCAGAGCAGCCCUAAGGCGACAGUGGCAACAAAAUCUCCCUUUUAACAGGGAAGAAACCUCAAGCAGAACCCGGCUCUUUAUGUGGGGAACCAUCUGCUGCCGGCCGGAGGGUUGAGAGGGACAGAGGAGGAAGAGAGGCAGUAAUCAACCGAUAAUGAAAAUAACUGCAGAUUAUUAGUGUUUUGAGAUGAACUAGUUGAUUAAAUACGACAAUAAUCCGUAAAACUAUGAUGAAAUGCAGGAUUCCCCAUGGUGUGCACACUGAUGCUGCAAUAAAAAUAAUAAUAAUAAUAAUAAAAUCAAGUAUCGAAGCGCUCUGAACGUUUCCUCAGUGAUUCUGUGUAUGAACUUCUUACAUCUGGAUUAACCCUCGCUGCUCCGUCAGGCCUUGUUGAAGUGCUUUACUUCACCUCCGUCACUUUGUGUUCGACACUCCUUUGGUUUACGCACACUAUCGUUGUGAGAUUCACCUGCAUCUCAUCCCUACACAACCACCCACCAACCCACACUACGGACGACAAACACUUCCCCCCCAGCAAAGGAAGCAGUCCUUAGAGACGUGGACCAAGCUGCCACUCUGUUUCCACAGCGUUGUUAAAGCAGGAAACUCACCAGAGACGACGAGGAAGCUGCAGAAUGGUAGACAGGACUUUAAACUUUCUUUUUAACAAACUAUAAAGAAAACUUUAACUGAGACGGUAAAGGGCAACGACACUCCAACUGGGAACUCGGUUUAACUGGAGAAGAUGAAUUUCUCUCCUGGUUUGCGUCUUUUCUGGUGAGUUUCUCUGCAUAGCUCCAGUAUAUAUUACACCAUUAAUGAGGGUUUGUUGUUUUAUAACCGUCAACCACAAGUCAUUGUCUACGUUGAUGAACCAGGAGGUAUCUGUUGUUUUUGGACGUUGUGUUCAUCAAAUCACUCAAACAAAACAAGCAGUUUAGAUUCAGUGGAGUUGUUUUUUGAAGGUAAACAUGUAAGUCCCGUCCACAUGUCCACAGGUAAUAUUUAAAACGGAGGUGUUUCUCUGUUUAGGGUUUUGGUUCACAUUAAAGCUAUUUUAGGUCACCGUGAACCACUGGAAAGGGUGAAGAUGUUUAGGAUGGGGUUGCGAUGUGCUGGUGCUAAUGUCGCUAACGGGACUUUUUGCUUGUUUACACCGACGUGUGACGUUACUCUUCAACUGUAAUGUAAAACAGAGUCAUCAGAAUCACUCCGUGUAUUUAAUUCCCCUCGUCCUCGAUGCAGCAUGAGGCGUCUUUCCACUGCAGAAACUUGGAACAAACACUUUCAUAAAUGGCACCGAAAUCAACCCUUUUAGCCUGCGAAUUUCCAUCAUGGUGUAUGAUCUGAAAUCUUCGACUUCAACAUCAACUCUGACAAUGAAAAACGGCAGCAACUGGAUGUAACUCCAGUUCUCCAGAAAACAAAAUAAUGGAGUGUCAUUAUGUUAGCAUUUAUAGCAUCUAUGCGACAGUUCAAAGGUUUGGUUUCACUUAGAAAUGUACUUUUUUUGAAAGAAAAGUUUUUUUUGAUGAAGAUAACAUUAAAUGAAUGAUAAAUCCAGUGUAGACAUAGUUAAUGUGGUAAAUGACUAUUCUAGCUGGAAACGGCUGAUUUUUAAUGGAAUAUCUCCAUAGGGGUACAGAGGAACAUUUCCAGCAACCAUCACUCCUGUGUUCUAAUGCUACAUUGUGUUAGCUAAUGGUGCUGAAAGGCUCAUUGAUGAUUAGAAAACCCUUGUUUAAUUAUGUUAGCACAUGGAUAAAGGGAGUUUCCAUGGAAAACAUGGAGUUGUCUGGGUGACCCCAAACUUCUGAACAGUAGCAUAUAGCAAACUGUGGAUUGCUGAUGCUAAUAUCAGAGACAAGAAGGCUGCUACCAAGCAAGAACAUCGAAAGGAUGCAAAAAUUGUUCUCUUCUAAAAGUUCAACCAAUCAGUGUUGAGAGUCACACAGGUUUAGUCAGAAUGAUCCACCCCAGAGUUGGUGCUUUUUUCUCCCUAAAAUUGGCCUUCAAUGAAUUUCUACAGGGACAGUUCCUGGCCAAAGGUUUGCGAGUUCCUGCAGUGGAAAAUAUAAGCUACCAGAAGCAGUAGAACUUUAUUUCCAGGCUUCUGAUUGGUUUAACGGUUUCAUCACCACCUGUUGGUUUGGCUUCCAAUGAAUGGACAGAGCCAUUUAUUUUUCUUUUUGGAGCACAAACGAGGAACUUUGUUUUAAAGAAUACCCGUGUACACGUGGACUAAUGUUCUUUAUUAUUUAGGAAGCUAACUGAGGAAGUUUGGUGAAUAAACUACAACAAAGUGUUUAUUUAGCACUCCACUGGACGUUAAGUAUACUUGCAUAUCCUGUCCUUUGUCUCUACUAAAAAGCGUCAGCAAAACGUUACAAAAAGCACUUAAAGUUGUGUCAUCAGCAUAAAGAAAAUCGUGAAACACCUCCAAGUGAAUCUGACACACGACUGUUUGGUUUUUUUAAUGAAUCACAGCAGCUAAGUUUUCUUUUUUAAAAACGAGCACUUUGUGAACAUGAGCCCUUCUUUUGUUUAUUAUUUGAACAGGUACACUAAUUUGACUGCAGUGUUGCUCAGUAAUGAAGACAAACAGGCUCGUUAAUUAACUACUAAAGGUGACUUCACAUCACGUGGAUACAACAGCAGUUUGAAGGGAAAAGUUUUCACAUUAGCGAGCAGUUUGUCACGCUUGGAUUAUUUUUUUGCCUCCGGAACAGAAAUUUAGUGUCCUCAAGGUGUUCUUUUAUGGACUUUAGUUUGAGAAUUUGAAAUGAAAACACUGAUCUUCAACACACAUGUGAGUUUGACAUCAUCUCAACCCUUAAAGAGCUGCAUUUUUACCAAAAAUAUUGUGUAAAAUUUCAGCAUUUUGAAGGUAACUUUUAACUUUUGAACCAAAGUCAAGCUUUAAAAGUGUCUUUUGGAUUAAAUUAAAUACGUUUAAUGAAGUUUUUCGAUUUGUCUGGAUGUUUGCUGGCAAAAAUGCAGUUAAAUAUAAAAAUACAUGGAAAACUUCAAUACAUAACAUUAAAUAAGUAAAGAGUUUACCAGAAAAUGUCAAAUUAAAUAUGGAGUAAUAAAAAUUUGCCAUCUUUUGUAUUUACAUUCUUCAGUAUUUGGGCAUAAAUCGACAUCAAAUCCCCAAAUUCGACACAGAUGUGUUGAAGACGUGUUUGUCAUUUUCACUCCAUCUGGAACCUUAAAGUGCAAUACCAUCAGUAAAAUUACCCAGAAUCCUUUGUGGGUCGGUUUCCCUCUCGUAUCGAUCUUCAGAGAGGAAGCGUGAGACUAAUGUGAUGAUUUUCUCCUCCUCAUUGUUCCACAUCUUCUGUUUUAUUUAUCAUGGCUGUAUUUUAUACUUUCCUGUACAUUCAUUUAAGCUUCUGUUCGUUUUGUUGUUUUGUUUUGUCGUUUCCUUGUCAAACUUCAGUGUACAGCUUUUUUCAUAAUGCCUUACAGGUGAUGUAAAUAAACUGUAAAAAUGUUCUUUUCUUUUCAUAUAAUGGCCACUAGUUAAAUGUGUAAAUAAAUAUCUCAGCAAGCGA